AUGAAUUCCUUCAGUCUUUACCCUCGAACGGGGCCACCGCCGUUUCCCAAUCCUACGACGCUCCCUACAACGCCGCUUCAGCAAAAGGGCCUUGCAGCUCUGUUCAUAUUCCCGAGUCUAUCUAUACUGAUCGUGUCAAUGCGCAUAUACAGUCGCGUGACCUCACGGACGACAGGUCUCGAUGACUACCUCAUUCUUGGGGCACUUCUAUUUGCUUUGCUUAUGAUUGGACCUUUGUAUAUGUUCAUAAAACUCAACUACUGGGGAUUCAGAGCCUACGACGUACCAAAGGACCUCGACCUCGCUGCUGGUUUCUGGUGGAACUUCCUUGUACAGAUGUUCUACAACCCUGUUCUGGCCCUCGUCAAAGCAUCGAUUCUCGUCUUCCUUCUCCGACUCGGCGGUCACAAAACAAACGUGCGAUAUGCUAUUUACGGACUUAAUAUCUUCAAUGCCCUACACGCCGUCGCCAUUUUCUUCACUGCACUUUUCCAAUGCUGGCCAAUUGAGGCGAACUGGGAUUUUCCCCUGCGUGACGAGCCGGGUGUCAAGUGCGUUAGCAACUGGUUCCAUGUCAUUGCAUCGUGCAUCACCAUCGUGACGGAUUUUCUCGUUGUCGCGCUGCCUUUUUGGAUCUUUUUAGGUCUUACCAUGCGAUGGGCGACUAAGAUUGCUGUUCUUAGCGUGUUUGUUUUGGGUAGUGCCGUUGGUAUCAUUGCUAUCGUUAGGGUCAUCUCCAUUUAUCACCAACUCGUCGAAGGGCCCGACCCCGGUGAGGAUACUUUCUACACUGUCCUUCCUGUAUGGGGAGCCAUCGAAACGAACAUCGCCAUUAUAUCCGCCUCUAUCCCAGCUCUUCGACCGCUGUUCCGACGAUGGUUCCCUGCACUCUUUGGUGGAAGCUCCGGAGUAACAUCCGGCACACCCUACGGCGAUCGAUAUGUAAACAGUGCUCGAGGCACGCACGGCUUGCGAUCACAUAACCAUGACAACAUACACCUCAAAGACUUGCGAGGAGCGAGAAACCAAAGAACUGAGAUCCGAAGUGUGUCACCAACAGGAUCGGAGGAGGAGAUCAUGACAUAUAAUGGCAUUAUGCGGACGACGAAUAUUAAUGUUGCGUAUGAGGAUACCUCAAAAGGUAAUCUUGCAGAAACUGGAACAGAGUCGAGAACUUCUAGCGAAGGGCGAUAUGGAGGCAAAGUGUCAGAAGCUAGGCCUGGAGUAUAA